UAGAAAGCGCGCUAGUCCAAAUUAAGCUAACGUGGCUAGGGGUGGCUAGGGGUACUGUGGCGGUGUUUUCCGACCGGUUCAUCCCGCAGUGGCAAAUCGCGGGAGUCGUCACCUGCCUUAGCUGUCCCGCCCGUGAGGCCUCAGGUACGCAAGGGACCUUAGGCUUCUGCAUCCCCCAACUUUUGGGAUUUGGGAAUCCAAAUCAACGACUUUUUAAUCAUGGCGUCCGUGGGGGGAAUAUUGGUACCUGCUACCUUUCGUUUCCUCCGCGUAGCCGCUACGAAGGCAACUAAUGCCCUUCGAAAUCGACUUACAACCUUGGGGAAAUACGAAGUCCAGUAUAUCCCAAUCCGAUCUGGCCGACAACCCGUUCACCCUGCCGCCUUGCUCCGACAGAGCAGAUCCCAAUCACGAUGGUUCUCUGGUUCUGCUGCACAGACAGCUGAGCGAGCUCUUCGUCGACUGUUUACCACCGACGCUUCAGGCGCCAGCCGAUUCAACCGCUUCGACUUCCCUGUCUCCAAAACAUCACGCCGCGUUGCGCAGUUUUCUGGAAGAGCUCCCUUUGCAAACACCCUCCGUCCCAACUUGACUGGCGGCGCCAUGCCCCGAUCAGCUGGUGGCUAUAGUCUGGGUGGUGGUGCCCGAUACUUCUCUCACACACCCGCAGCUCCCGCCCAAGUGGUUCAGAACGUUUCUCAGGCGAUGAGAGCAUUCUUUCUAUCAGGACAGCGUCUUCAGUAUGAUGGCGUUGGCCCUCGUGGACAGGCCAAGUAUAGAUCUAUCUCCGUCUUGGAAGACAAGACUAUUCGCAAAAUGGCAUCUGUUCCCCGCACCACGCCUGGUGCCUAUGUCGACUUCCAGCUGAACCCAACCAUCACCGCUCUCAGCCCUCUCGCAGCUGCCAUCGCUUCUGCUUCUGAGGAUGCUUUUAACGCCAAACCCGCCACCGGACUGGCUACCCUUAACACCGAAGGCCUUCUUGAUGUUCUGUCUGCUGAUUUUGGACGAGCAUUGAAGGAUUUGACCGCCACAUACGCCGAUCUAGGACGACUUUCAAGUCUAGGGGAUCUUCCCAUCACACUUGAACCAAAUCAUACCUUGCGUGUGCGAUUCCCAGGUCUAGACAAUGUUACACUGGAGCAGAUCUGUGACGACAUUGGCAUUACCCGUGGCCGUGUUGGUCUUGAUCCUGGCUUUGAUGAAGCCAUUGGUGUGCCCGUUGCGCUCAGGUUCCCAUUUGCCCCAGAGUCUUCAAAAGAACUUUCAUCUCCUGGAGGCUCCGCGCGUUCUUUAGGCAGCUAUAACAUUGACAACCAGUCCAUGCUCUCAGAUGAUUCUUUCGUCCAAGAAGCGUUUGAUGCACACCUAGCUGACAACCCUUGGCUCUCUGACCCUGAAGGAUAUGAGAGCAUGUCGCCACCUCUGAGUUCAGGAGAACAUUGUUCAGAUGAGUUUGAAGGACUUGAAGGUAUUUAUCGCUUCAUUGAAGAAUGCGAUAAAGGCCCAGGCCGCUUUCGUUAAGCGGCUCCAUCUCGUGUUUUAGUGUUGAUUCAUGGCAGCUUGCCACUAGCGCAUACCGUAAAACGUUCAUUACCCGGCAUACAAGUGAUUAGCACUUGCUCAGGGCCACUAUUAUUUCCUAGCGUUCAAUCUGUAACAAAUGUAGCCAAAUUGAUUAUUUUAGAGAUCUUCCCUGUGUAUUCUGCUUGUUAUUAAACGACGAUUGGUAAUUCUUUCG